AGGAAGGGGACGUACGUACGUGAGCUGUACGUGUCUGCAGGUUGCUAAGGAGCCGGUGCGGAGGGAGAAGCGAAGCGGCUGUGCAGUCCAGUGGCACAAAAUACAAAGAUGGAGAGUGCUGCUUCUGUUGUUCCACCUGGUGGUGAAAUUGAGGAUAGCAAGGAGAAUGUAGAUCCGCCAUUCCCUGGUACUCAAGUGACUGAUCUCUCUAAAGCCCAUGGAACGCCACAUCCUCCGAGCUCUCAGCAAGAGGACCAAGAUCAUCAGGUGCAGCAUCAGCUCACAGAGCAGCAGCACUUGUUAGAAGGGGGAGAGCGAAGACAAGAUGAAGAGCAACCUAGAGCUCGGCGGGGAGGAUGGACCAAAGGGCGGAAGAGGAAGAGAAGCCCCCGUGAUAACAAUGCACCUAAAGCACCCCUUACAGGUUAUGUGCGCUUCAUGAAUGAAAGGCGGGAGCAGUUAAGAGCUGAACGCCCAGAUGUUCCAUUUCCAGAAAUUACCAGAAUUGUUGGCAGUGAGUGGAGCAAGUUGCCUACUCAUGAGAAACAGCGCUACCUGGACGAAGCAGAUAGAGACAAGGAACGGUACACAAAGGAAAUGCAGCAGUAUCAGAAAACAGAGGCUUUCCGUUCGUACAGCCGAAAGUCACAGAACCGUCAGAAAGGGAGGCAACAGAGGCAGGAAGCAUCACGUACAAUCCCCAGUGACCCAGAGAAAGAAUCUGUGUUGAAAGAAAGAUCAGUAUUCGAUAUUCCUAUUUUCACAGAAGAAUUUCUGAAUCACAGCAAAGCACGGGAAACCGAGUUAAGACAGCUCAGGAAAUCCAACAUGGAGCAUGAGGAACGGAAUGCAGCGCUACAGAAGCAUGUGGAAAGCAUGCGAUCUGCAGUGCAGAGACUGGAGGCUGAACUGCAGCAAGAACAGGGGAGGAACACACUCCUACAGCAACAUUUACAAAAUGUUCGCCAGACUCUUUCACACUGCCUGCAAGCUGUCCCUAUCCCAGGUACCACUGAAACACCGACCCUGGAGACAAUUGACUCAUAUAUGAGCCGCCUGCAGAGUGCCGUGCUUACACACCCCAAGGAGAGUGAGGCUCUUAUCUCUGGCGUCAGAGAAGUGUUAAGUCAGCUGGAGGGUUAAGGAUAGAUCUCACACUUCUUGCAACCAUAAAGACCUUGAUGUUUGACCCUUUUGCUGAUAGAGGAGCUCGCAGCUACUAGCAGAAUAACCGCAUAAAGAGGAUUAAAAGACAGAACUAAGGCAAAUACUUGUUUCUCCAUCUCACCGCUUAUGGUUAGCAGAGCUGUAUGCAGUAUGUCAAUAAAGAGAUUGUGUUUUAUGUUGAUUUUA